AUGCUGCAGCAGCAACUGCGACGCUGCAGCAACAACUGCGACGCUGCAGCAACAACUGCAACGUUGCAGCAACACUGCAACGCUGCAGCAACAGCUGCAGAGGCAGAAACGCUGCGGCAGCAACGGUGGCAACGCUGCAGCAACGAUUACAGCGCCGCCGCUGCAGCAACGCCAGCAGCAACGCUGGGGCAUCUACAACACCAACGCUGCACCAAUAACUGCAGCGCCAACGCUGCUGCACCAAUAACAUCAGCGCCGACGCUGCACCGACAACUGCAGCGCCAAUGCUGCACCAACUACAACGGAAACGAUGCACCAGCUACAACGGCAACGCUGCAGCAACAGCAGCGAUGCAGCAACAGCAACGCUGCAGCAACAACGGCAACGGAGACGCUGCAGCGACAACAGCAACAGCAACGCUGCAGCAACAACAGCAAUAGCAACGCUGCAGCAACAACAGCAACAGCAACGCUGCAGCAACAACAGGCAACGCUGCGGAAACAACAGCAACGGCAACGCUGCAGCAACAACAGCUACUGCAACGCUGCAGCAACAACAGCUACUGCAACGCUGCAGCAACAGGAACGGCAGCGCUGCAGCAACAAUAGCAACAGCAACGCUGCAGCAGCAACAGCAACGCUGCAGCAACAACAGCAACGCUGCAGCAACAACAGCAACAGCAACGCUGCAGCAACAACAGCAACGGCAACGCUGCAGCAACAACAGCAACAGCAACGCUGCAGCAACAACAGCAACAGCAACGCUGCAGCAACAACAGCAACAGCAUCGCUGCAGCAACAACAGCAACAGCAACGCUGCAGCAACAACAGCAACAGCAACGCUGCAGCAACAAUACAGCACAAAUGCAGCAGAACUGGUGCGUUAGCAAUGUUUGAGGUGUAUGAACACCGCGGAUAG